AUGCCCGUCAAGCAUGCUCGUGCACCGACGUUGUUAGCAGCCGUUGCCCAACCAGUACUAUCCUGGUAUGUCAACGUGCUUCGGCAAGAAGGCCGUCAUCCAGAGGAUAAGCAGACGCCUAUUGCUCAGCUCACGUGUGUGCCAUUCACAUCAUCCGACCGGCUGCCCAUCGUGCCAAGUGGGUGGCUGCCGAGGAAUUUCAGCUACUGCCAGGCUAGUGGUCAGAUGCGACAUUAUAUCCAGGCCAGAGACAAUUGUCAUGAACAUGCAUUCGGUGCAGCCAACAGCAUGUUCACCAAACUUGACACUCUUUCAGGGGGGGGGGGGCACAAUUUGAGAAGAACUGAAAAAGUGAAAGAAAACAGUCGACAAGAUUAG